AUGCCGCACUCCUACGCAUCUGAGUACCCGGCUGGCAUCGACUUCGACCCUGCGUACAAGCAGUUCUUCGAGGACUUUUACGCCAUCUCCGACACGCCCGGCGAGCACGAGAAGUACGCCGAUAACUUCACCGACGAUGCGACCUUGAUCAUGGCGUCGAAGACGGUCAACGGCAGGGCUGAGAUCAUCGGCCUCCGCAACGCCAUGUGGGAGAAGGUCUCGUCGCGGCAGCACGCGCCGCUCAAGAUCUUCCCCGCCGGCGCCAAGGGCGCGGACGAGGUCAUGCUGUACGGCACCGUUGCGUACACGUUCAAGGACGGCCGCCAGGGCAGCGUCGACUGGGCGGCGCGCGCCAACCUGGUCAAGGAGGAUGGCAAGGUGAAGAUGCGGUAUUAUCAGGUGUAUUUGGAUACUGCGGCGCAGCAGGCUGCGAAGUAG